UGUGACCUUAAGCUUGAUUUUGGCGGUUUUGUGUAAAAUUUGCUUGUGGUGAUAUUUCUGUUGAGGUCUGUGUUAAAGCCAGUUAACAUAAUAUAAAUGAUGCUUUGACAAAACGAACUUAUAAUAUUGGUUGUAUAAACGUAUAUACAUUUUAAACUAUAUUUCCGGCAUUUGAGUUAAGGUUAGAGCUAUCAUGGGUCUUAAAUGAGAUUUUGGCAUAAACACUAUUUGAAUGCCAGGACAAAAUGGAUUUCCAACAAGAUAACUAUACUGGGAUCAUUAUGCAAAAAAUUGAGGAACUGAGAUCAUGGCAGCGUCAACAGCAAGAAAAAUUGCUGCAGCAGCAGGAAGAACAGAGAUUGUUACUCAGUAACGAGCAGCAGCGGAUGUAUGAAGUGUUUGGGCUUCAAGAUAUGGAUACAUUUCAUGCACAGUCUUUCAAGUCAGCUGUAUUACCUCACUUCAAUAAAUGCCUUAAUUCACCCAAGGAAAAGAAUCCAGAUGAUGAUGGUGACCAAACACCAGAAGAAGAUGAGUGUAGGAAUAACAGAAAUGAGCUUCGUUCAGAUUUAUAUGUAAGAAAGACAAGUGAACAUACUCCAGUUACAAGUCCAACACUUCAGUCCGUCAUGAAAGACAAUGCUAAAAAGACACAGACUUUGGAUGAUACACCUGUGGUGCCUUUAAAUAAAGAUUUUCAUCAGUUUUUGCAAGAAAAAUUGGAACAAUAUGGUUGUGGGGAUAAUAAUCAUAUUGAAGAUAUGCAACAGAAGCCAAAAAGGAAGUUUCUAAGGAAGGGAGAAGGUCUUGCAAGAUUCCGUAUGAAGCCAACUUUGCUUCAACCUCAGGAACAGAGCACUGGUAAAGGUAAUGUCAAGAGAACUUUAAUUACAAACCAGCCAAAUAGCAGUGUCACAAAAUUGGGUAAUCCAAGCAACAAGUCCAAGAAGACUGCAUCUUCUUCAGUGACAGGCAGUAACAGGAGUAAUGUAAAAAAGAAGCAGUCCAAAAACUGUGUUGGAAGUGAUAAAAGUCAUACAGCUGGAUUGUCAAAGACUUCAAAAUCUCAGUACCCAAAAAGUGCAGUGCCAAAGUUAACUCUAAAAAGAAAAGAAACAUCCCCAUCAGUUCCUACAUGGGCAAAUAUUCUGCAACAGCAAAAACAUUCGAGUCAAAAUCUGCAGUCACAGGAUGGUGAUUCCAAAGUCCAGCAUAGGAUUGAUUUGCCGCAGAAUGGCCCUAUGAAUGAUUCUAUAGAAGUUUCAUUUCUGGAAAAAGUUAAUGAUGCUGAUAAAAAAAAUAAGAAAGAAGUGGAAGAAUUAAAAAUAUUUGAGCUGCUAGAACAACAUGCAGCUAAUUCUAGUUUCUGCUCAACAUCCUCUUUAGUUGCACGACUGAUGGAUGGUUCUAUAAAUUCAACACCGGUGAAGAAUUACCCACUUAGGACAACUCAUAAUCACCAAAAUGAGAAACUUACAGCGUCGCUACUUCACCCACAUUCUCAAAACAGCCACAGUAACCAAGAGCAAAUGUUGGCAGGCAGUCAUCAAUUUCAAAAUGAAAAUACCAUUUGUGAGUACCUUCCUUAUGGCUUGGAUAAUGCAGACAGUGAAAGUCUGACUAAUAAAGGUCUGGCUAAUGAUCGUCUCAAAUUUGGUGUGUACGAAGAGAAUAAAAGUUGUGUUUCAAAAUUAACUAUAAGCAGCAGUAAUCACUGGGAAUCAAGUGGUGGACAGACAAGUCUGAACACAUCCAGCAGCAGUAUAGGAGUGACCACUGGUGUUAACUCACCUUGUAAUAAACACUUACAUGUUAGGUUUGCAGAGACAAAUGAAUAUAAAUCUGUAAGUGAUGUUGAUACAUCCUUUUCUUCACAGGGAGAUUCAACCAUAAACAUAAAAUAUAGGGAUAACUGCGAAAAUCAAAAACUGGAAACUAUGAACUAUGAAAAAAGAACAGAUGCUAAGCAUUUCCGAGAUGACCAGGCCUGGAGUGAUGACUGUAGCUGCACUAGCAGUGAAGAGAGCAGCUCACCUGACCCUUCGCUAAGUACUAAGUGUCAGACACUAACUGCAACCCAUAGUCCCAAGCCAUCAACUCCACACCAAACAGUAAAGCCACAGUAUCAGGUGUGCAGUACAGAAAGGAGCACUGACAGAUUUCCAGAGGAUGUGGACAAAUUGUCACAUGGUUUUCUAAACAACUGUGCUGAUAAUGUUUCUCAUACCGAUGAUCACGACCAGACUGACUUUGGAGUGACAACCCAAAGUAACAGCAAUAGUGAGAUCACAUUCAAAAGUGCUUUGCUGCGGACUCGGUUGGAAGAGCUUGAAAAGGAGAUUCAGAUUUUUCGCAAAGAGAAUACUAGUUUGCGGAAGAUACAAAAGAAACACGAAGAGGAGUUACUGAGCUUUAAUAAGGAGAGAAAGGAGCUAGAGAAGAAGAUGAAUGAAGAGAAGGAGAAAAUUCAAUCAUUCCUUCAGGAGGAAAGGAAAAAACUAAACAAAGAGAGAUCAGUAUUUGAGAAAUAUUGUAAGGAUCUAAGGAAUCAGCCUACGAAGCAGGAGAGGGAGGAAAUACAAGCCUUAAAGCAACAGCUGGCAGACUUACAAGAAGAGAUGCACAAGAAAGACAGCAGGUGGAGUGCCACUCAAGUUCGUACAAGGGAUCGGCUGAAGCAACUUGAACAGGAAAAUACACAGCUUAAGAAUGAAAUUGAAAAACUCAAAAAAGAAAAAAGUCAAGCAAAAAUGGUGAAAUCCAGCACAACAACAAAAAGUCGUGGAGUGUCUACAACAAGGAUGCUUCAUGCUAUCAAUGAUCAUAUCGCAAAAAUGAAACCCAAUGAUUUGGAAGAUUCUGUUAUAGUCCAUGAUGUUGUGCCUACAAAGAAGAUACCAAUGUCUGUUCUUCAACAACAAAACAGUCUCAGACACAAACAAACUAAAGUCAAACACAAUAAUGAUACCGAGAUUAAUGAAUGGGGAGAUAUAUGCAACAAAGCAUACCAGACAUAUCUAAACAUUCCAUAUCUUAACCCUCAACCUUCUACAGACGAAUUGCUUGGAGUUAAAGAAGACAAAACUUCAGAGACUAUUGGUGUAAACUGUAGAGCCGCAAACAAUUCCAGUCAGGUCAACAAAGAUACAGUUAAAAAUGAACUUACAAAUCAUCACACUUCUUUAGAUUGUGUUUCGUAUUCAUCCGAAGAGGAAGAUACUGAGGGAAACACUGGGACUUCACCACAUGUGGCACUCGACAAUAAGAGAAUUCACAUGGCCGUUUAUGAUGCAUUUUAUAAUACCAAUCCAAUAUUUAACAGAGAAGUAUACCCUGAAACAGGCAGUAUUUCCAAAAAUUUUCCUUCACAGCAGCUCUUACGAAAUGGUGAAAAUGGUGGGGAAGAUACUAGAGUUAGUGAGAACAAGUAUGAACAAAGUACAACAAGUGGGGAUUCAGAAGUGAUUUACAACUCAAAUCAUCUAAUUAGAACAGAUCUUCAGAAAGAGAAUGUAUCACUUCCUUCAUCAGCACAGGAUUCUAAUAUACCAUCACAGCAGUCUAUGAUACAAGAAACACAAAAUUCUAGCACAGUAUCAAAACCAUCUUCAAAUAGGGAGAAAGUCUAUUCAGAUGGAAGAAAAGAAAUUUUGUAUCCAAAUGGUAACCUAAAGAAGAUAUCAGCUGAUGGAUCUCUCACUAAGAUGAUCUACUACAAUGGGGAUGUGAAGGAGACACUCAGUGAUGGAACGGUGAAAUACUUCUAUGCUGAAACAAAGACUUGGCACACAACUUACUCAGAUGGUCUGGAAAUACUUGAAUUUCCAGAUGGUCAAAUAGAGCGCCGUCAGAAAGAUGGAACAAAAGAAAUGACAUAUCCCAACGCUACAGUAAGGACAUGUUUUCCUGAUGGCCAUGAGGAGUGGGUUUUCCAAGAUGGUGUGGUGGUUAAAGUAGACUCUCAGCGUGGUGAGAAGGUUUUACUUCUGCCCAAUGGACAAAGGGAAGUGCAGACCAAGGAACAUAUGCGCCGUGAGUACCCAGAUGGCACUGUCAAGACUGUCUAUCCAGAUGGAAUUCAGGAAACAAGAUAUGCAAAUGGAAGAAUCAGAGUGAAGGAUAAAUAUGGAAAUCUGAUCAUGGAUUCAAUAAUGCAAAGACUGUAGCAAACUAAU